AUGACGAGCGACGACCAGUUCUUCCUUGAUUAUCUUGAGUCCAUACGCCAUGACGUAAUGCGGUAUUCCCUCGGAGUCGCAGACUCGAUCGACCGACAGGUUGACCAUGCCGCGAAUGUUAUCAGAGACACACUGGCCCAGCAGUCAUGGCUGCCGCCCACUGUUCGCCCGCUUCGUGUUGGGCCGCGAACACGGUCAUCGCAAGCUCUGACGGUCCGGAUUCAAAACUGGAUGGCUCGGAAUCGCGCGUGGACUGCAGCCAUUCUCGCAUUUGUCGGAACAGGUGUCGUUUUAUACUAUGGGAGCAAGAAGCUGCAUGGAAAGCGGAGAAAGGCUAGAAGGGCGGGCAACGGUGCGCGUAAAGAAAUAGUGGUUGUCGCUGGGUCGCCGCAUGAGCCGAUGAUAAGGGCCAUUGCUACUGAUUUGGAACGUCGAGGAUUCAUUGUAUACGUGACUGUUUCGUCCGCUGAUGAAGAGCAUAUCGUCAAGUCUGAGAACCGCGCUGAUAUCAAGGCUCUGUGGUUCGAUCCCACAACCACUACAUCUUCUCCAUCCGAAGUCCAUCCAUCAUUGCAAGAACUUCGCUCCUUAAUCACUCAGGCGCAAUCACCUGUUGCCGGAGUGCCUCCGCACACUUGUCAGCUGAGUGGCCUUAUCGUGGUCCCAUCACCCAACUACAGCGCCGGUCCUGUAGCAACCAUUCCACAGUCAUCCUGGGCCGAUACGGUCAACACCCGCGUUCUCUCACCAAUCCUCACAACACAGGCAUUCCUACCUCUCCUGACUCUUCGCAGCAAUAGCAGUACUAUUGUGUUUGCCUAUCCAUCCAUAUCCUCCUCCCUUUCUGCACCAUUUGCCGGGCCGGAAGUAGCCACGGCGCGCGCGAUUUCAGGCUUCGCAGCCUCACUUCGCCAGGAACUUAGCCUUCUCGAACAAGGCAAUGUCGAUGUCGUCGAGCUGCAGCUGGGCAACAUUGAUUUAGGGCCGACAUACCGAAAUGGUCAAAGUCAAAUUGCAGGCACAGAAGUCCUGGCUUGGAGCACUCAGCAGCGAGCUCUGUAUGCUUCACAAUAUCUGUCUAGCGUUGAGCAGCGCCCAGUUGCAUCUGCGGGUCCCAGUACAGUGCGUGGAUCCCCGGCCCGGAAUCUCCAUUACGCUAUCCUAGAUGCCCUGGAACCAGCUUCGCGCAACAUGUUUGGCCUCAAAAAGACAAAGAAGCCAGUCAUGUACGUGGGUCGGGGAGCUUGGUCAUAUAGCAUGAUCGGGGCCUGGGCUCCCAGUGGGCUUGUGGCAUUGAUGAUGGGGUACCGCAGUGUAAAUGGGAUGGCCUCUGGCACUUCUAGUGGCAGUGGCAGCGAAUCAGGCUGGGAGAGAGUUUAA